AGGGGAGGUAAAACCGCUAGUCUCCUUGUGAAGGACCCUUUGUGAUCUCAUGCCACAGACAAAAUAGUAUUUUUGCUCGUGCUUAAUCAAAAAAACUCCCAGUUGUGAUUACUUUUCUCACGUUGCGAUAUAAUCUGACGCAUGUACAUCUAUUUAUUUUAUGCACCUCCCAACGCCGAAUAAAUGUAAUAUUCUGUUGUAAAACAAGAAAUAAAAAGGAAUGUAUUUUUCGUCAGGCUAUCUUCAGAGGCACCCGAUUUACUCCAAAUGCAUUCUGGUACCGUCCCUUCUCUUGUAUCGGGAGACCCGAAGCUAAAGCAAAACCGGUUAUUGACUGAGAUCCCAAAGUGUUUCCAGCCAUGUCUGUCAGAGAGUCGUUUAACCCAGAGAGCUAUGAGCUAGACAAAAGCUUCAGACUCACACGCUUCACUGAGCUCAAAGGAACGGGCUGCAAGGUGCCCCAGGAUGUGCUACAGAAGCUUCUAGAAGCCCUGCAGGAGAACCACUAUCAGGAGGAUGAACAGUUCCUUGGGGCUGUCAUGCCCAGACUUGGCAUUGGUAUGGACACCUGUGUCAUCCCCCUCCGACACGGGGGCCUUUCUCUCGUCCAGACGACAGACUACAUCUACCCCAUAGUGGACGACCCCUACAUGAUGGGGCGAAUUGCGUGUGCCAAUGUUCUAAGUGACCUGUAUGCCAUGGGAGUGACGGAAUGUGACAACAUGCUGAUGCUACUGGGGAUCAGUAACAAACUGUCAGAAAAGGAGCGGGACAAGGUGAUGCCUCUGAUCAUCCAGGGUUUCAAAGACGCGUCAGAGGAAGCAGGCACGUCUGUGACAGGGGGACAGACUGUGCUUAACCCCUGGGUGGUCAUGGGGGGUGUGGCCACCACCGUCUGUCAACCCAAUGAGUUCAUCAUGCCAGAUAACGCAGUGCCAGGAGAUGUGUUGGUGCUCACCAAACCUCUGGGGACUCAGGUGGCUGUGGCUGUACACCAGUGGCUGGACAUCCCUGAGAAGUGGAAUAAGAUCAAGCUAGUGGUGACUCAGGAGGAUGUAGAGCUGGCCUAUCAAGAAGCCAUGAUGAACAUGGCCCGGCUCAACAGGACAGCCGCUGGUCUGAUGCACACCUUCAAUGCACACGCUGCCACUGACAUCACUGGCUUCGGGAUCCUGGGCCACGCCCAGACAUUGGCACGGCAACAACGUAGCGAGGUGUCGUUCGUCAUCCACAACCUCCCUGUGCUCGCCAAGAUGGCAGCUGUGUCCAAGGCCUGCGGGAAUAUGUUCGGACUCAUGCACGGAACCUGCCCUGAGACAUCAGGGGGUCUGUUGAUCUGUCUUCCCAGGGAGCAAGCAGCUCGUUUCUGCGCUGAGAUCAAAUCUCCUAAAUACGGUGAGGGCCACCAGGCCUGGAUCAUCGGCAUCGUGGAGAAGGGCAACCGCACUGCCCGCAUAAUCGAUAAACCACGAAUCAUCGAGGUCGCUCCUCAGCUCUCCACACAGAAUGUCAAUCCCACACCCGGCGCAACCUCAUAAUAACCCCCACCCCCCUGCAACGCAGACCAGAACCACAAGCUCGGACAAGUUCUUUUUUUUCUUCUUUUUUUCUCGCAUAUUCUUGAACUAGAGCGUGUUAAAUGUAUACACGUGUGUGUAUGUAUGUAUGUGUAUAUAUAUUUACACACACACAAUUAACUGGGUUGCUGUGUAUGCACACCUGCCUCAGACAGAAGCCUUAGGGGCAGGUCAUCACACAACUAAAAAGAAAAAUUCUCUCAAAAGAAUAGAACGAAAGUAAAAAUCCAUUUGCCUUUUGUGUCUGUUGUAAUCUGUUACGUUUAAUUGUAGAGGCAGGCAGCUUCUGGGUUUGAGAAUUGAUGAUGAUGAAGAUUAUCCGAUACUGUUGAUUCAUUUUGAAUCUUUUGGAGACUGGGUGUCCGUUGCCUUUUGGGCUCUUUUUAAAGGGUGCUAAGCAUGUGUAAGUGAUGGGUAGCGAGAUAGCGUUUUUGUUUGUCCGUUCACUAUGUGUACAGUUCAAAAGCCUAGUUCAAGUUGAAAGCUAUAAGCGAUGCCUUUAAAGAGUGUGAACGUAAGGGUUGCUUUUUUUACUUUGACUUUUUGUAUUUUUUUCCCCACAAAAUAAAUCAAAUGUUUUCUUUUCUUGCGUUGUUUUACGAGAGCACUAUCAAACUGAUGGAAUCUAAGGUGGACUCCUUCUGUUCACAUUGCUGCCCUGAACUUUAAAUCAGUGAUAUGAUCAUUCAUAACAAGGACAUUAAAUCAUUUUACAGGAAAAGAACACAACGGCCUGGGAUAAUUUGAUAUACUCACCUAUAGAGAUGUGAUCACACAAUAGGAUUUUGAAGAAGUCGGAGCAUUCUGUCUCAUCUCUGUUGCAUUGUACGACUGACUACCUUUUCAGGAAGCAGGGGUCAUGAUGAGGCAGGUGAAAUGGAAAGCACUCAAGUCUUGGUUGACACUUUUCUCCAUGAAAAUAAUACCAGUGUACCCAUCUGUAGCAGAGCUUCCUCUGAUGUGCCAUAUAAUCUUCCAGUACCUAGAGGUUCCAUCAUUUGUAUACCGGUAGUGUACUUCGUUCACAGUAUCUCAAAUCUACAAUCUGUUUCUAAUCAUCCUGGUUGGGAUCAGUGUAGUCUUAAUACUCUCCAGUCAUCUGAUAUAAGGCCUUUUCUAAUAUCUGGUACCAUAAAGGGUUGUAUGGCACUGCUUCCAAACUGAAAUAAAACUGGAUCUUCUCUUA